GAUUGCGUUUGGCAGUUGCCUCUUGAGGAUGCUUCUUUUAUAAUAAACAAGCAAAAAAAGAUUUGAAAUUUCCUUUUAAAAUAAUAAAUUAAGGAUCCAAUUUUUAUAAGGAAUUGAUGCACAUUGAACUUUGCCAGCGGGUGGGCAAAAAGCUUGAAUUUACAGCCAAAAUUCUGCAUUUAACGGUCCCCGAGUUCCAGUGAUUCCCAGUGAGUAUGUAAAUCAGCGAGGAUCAGGAACACUCCAUGGGCUAUUCACAUGAAAUGUCAUAAAUUUAUAAAUUAAAUUAUACAGUUCAAUUUUCAUAACAACGUCAAAAAUAAAUUUGUCAUAAUAAUAUACAAUUAUAAUUAUACAUCAAUUAUUCUAUUGGAAAAAAGAAAUCAAGAUUUAUAAAGUGAACAAAGAAUGAUCAAAGAAACAAGUAAAGAUACAUUUUCUCAACAAUUAAUAUCCGAAAUUAAACGAUGGAGAACUGAAAUUAUUUUAGAUUUACAUACAACCCCAUUGAAUUUAAGUGAUUGUAUGUACGUGGCAGCUUUUAUAACCUACUGCAUCAUAAUUUGUUUGCUGCUCGUAAAAUUGAAAACAAACAGUGACAAUAAACGUAAAUUACAAAGAACUAAAGUCUACAAUUCUGACGUUUGUCCAAUCUGUUUGAGCGAAUUAAUGAUUCCUGUAAGAAUCAGUUGUGGUCAUGCAUACUGUGCUUCGUGUAUCAUUAAAUAUUUCGAGUACAUUUUAAAAAGAGGCAAAGUGGAAUGUCCGAUGUGUAAAGAAACUAUUAAAGAAGCAAAAUUGUUGAAUACGAGUGCAAUGAUUUCAAUUGGUGACGCAUACGAUGUUCAAAUGCGUAUAAAGAAAUUACUUGAAAAAGCCAAGAUUAUACAAGUCAGGCGCAGUAUUCGUUCAGUAACAAGAAAAUUAAGACUCGUUUAUCGACUUUUAGAAGCCCAAAAUGAUUUUUAAUCGUAUACACUACGUAUUGUUAAUAUCGUAUUAUUGAUUGUUAGUAAGAUUACACGUUUUUAAUAUUAAUAAAUAUUGCCAGGUGGAUUUAUCCAAA